ACUCUCUCUCUCUCUCUCUCUCUCUCUCUAACCAACCUCCCACCCAUAAAAACAAACCAACAUUUACAAGAAGAGAGACAGAGAGACAGGGAGAGGGAUUGAAGACAACGCAAGAACAAUGAUGUCCGGAACAAGAAUGAACUCAAACUUGUCUGAUAACCCCAAGACCAACAAAGCCACCAUUACUGGAUCUCCCAUGUCAGCCAGAACCUUCAAAAGCACAGCAAAUAUGACCAGUAAGGUGACGCCCCGUGUCGCCGGAGGUGCUUGGAGCAUGACUCCUCUGAUGGAGGUUUUGCCCGGCUCUUCACCACCUGCUGGUAGCAGUGACUCCAGCCCUUUGAGCUCCAAGACUUGCUCUCCCAAAUCAGAAAAGAAUCAUUUCUUCCCUGACUUGCCUUCAAAUGCGUCCACUCCAAGACUAAACCAGGAUGAAUUGGAGAAUGCCAAAGACUAUGGUCGGCUCUGUCUCACCAAUUUCCAGGCCAAUCCUCACAAGGGUUCUUGCCUUAGCAAGCUGUCAAUGACCAAUACCACAUUCUCGGCUCACCAUGAAAUCGUUGGACACCAAUCAAACUCAGAGCGAGAGGAGAGGUCUGUUGAUGAAGAGGAUAGCCAUUUGGCACAGGGUGAGCAGAGCACAAAUGAAGACUCCGAUGUGGAAAGUCCGAUUGCCGGACGAGAUAAGCUGAUGGAUAGGUCGAAGCCGUACCAUGAGUUCUUGGAUGAAGUCAAGAAGCAGGAGCUUCAGGCUGAGGUUGAGGCGUGGAAGAAAGCUGAGCAGCUGAAGCUGAUGACCAAGUUGCGAAGAGAAGAAGCUGCCAUUGAUGAAUGGGAAUUCAAGCAGACCAGCAAGGCCUUGAAGGACAUCAAAAAGCUUGAGAUUAAACUGGAGAAGCAACGUGCAAAAGCAGUCGAAAACACAUGGAAGACAAUAAACAUGACCAAAGAGGAGGCAAAAAGGAAGAAGGUAAGAGCAAGGCAAUGCACGAUCGGAAGACUAUCAUCGGUGUCGGAAAAUUACCAGAAGACCAACCCCACCAAGAGCUUAGUGUGGAACAAACUCACUGUUUAUUGCAAGUCCAUGUAUGUCAAAUCCGUGAGAGGCCUGGCGCCAACGUCAUCGGAACGGCAAAGGUCGUUAAAGUAGCUCUGUCUCUCUAGUCCGUCAACAGUUGGACAUAAACUACCUGACAUUAGACAUAUUGGUACUUCGGUUAACAAUUUUCAUGUCAUUAAAUCAACAUGGAUGUGUGCAAGAAGUCGAUGUACCCCUAUGUCAUGAAUAAACAUUGGGUAUUUGCAGGCAA